UUUUAUUCUGCAUGCGACCAUCUCUAGUUAAUUUUCAUAUUUAAUGCCAGUCUGAGGCGGCAGUAAACCACUAAAUUAUUUAACAAGUGUACAGCCGAAUUUAAAAUGGUGAUGACAGAAUCUAUAAAAGAGACACUGAUAACAUGGAACAGCGCUGUAGAAUUCCAUAACUCAGGAAAUUACAAUGAAGCAAUAGAAAAUUAUUAUAAAAUACAAGUACUGUCGGCAAGAAUGCGUUAUAACAUGGCAUGUGCUGAAAUCAAACUAGACAACGAACUUGCAGCUAUUCAGAAUCUGACCCUGGCCAUCGAGCAAGACAAAUAUUUAGCUGUCGCAUUCUUUCUACGAGGAACCUUAUACCUACAACGUAACAGCAUCGAGAACUCUAUAUCUGACCUUGAGAUGACACGUGCAUUGUUACGAGGGAACACUUUUAUAGACUAUAAACCACUAGGUCUACUUAUUAGACUUUACAGUUUUCAGGUCAAACAUAAUCUUGCAUUGGCCUACAUUAAAGCAGAAAGAAUGUCAGACGCACGUGCACUUCUUCUAGAAGCGUUUCAUGACGCAGAAGAUCUUCAGAAGAAAUCCAUCAACGCGUCAUUGGAGAGAUUUGAUAAUGGUGACGCUGACCUUAUACAAACUAUGAACGUGUCCCCUGACAGAGUGUUUGCUCCGCCCAAAUCCGUGACCAAAAACAUCAGAAAACCGGGUAUUGUUAGGAAGGCGAAAGUUGUGUCUGCUGCAAAUGCAGACGAUAGAAAUGCAGCGUUCGAGGGUUCUAAACGAGUGCGCGAGUUGAAACUCAAACCAGUUUCAGCAGAAAAAACAUUCAACCCUAUACAACGUUUCGUUAAAAAACGGACCCCACGAAGCCCACAAAGUACUGCGGAAGUAAAUGGACCUCAAGCAUUCAAUGGAAUGAAAUCAAGCAAAUCUAUGAGCGACCUACGCGCAGACGACAAUUCAGUUCUACCCGGAAGUAGUAGUCCAUUGGUAAAAAUCAAGCGUUUGUUUCAGAAAAGAACUUCCGAUUCGACAGAUUUCCCGCCAAGCCCCCAAAUAAGACUUAAUCGUUCAUGUGGGGACUUAGAAACGCAGUUAAGGCCGGAUGUUAGUAACGCCGUAAAGUCGUUUCCGCGUAGCCCGUUCUCGGGAGUGAGAAAACUUUUAAAUAAUAAGAAGAAAGUUUGCACGCAGUUGUCAUCUAGUGACGAGCAGAUACCAGUGUUAGUUAUGAGAGGAAGCCACUCCCUGGGAGACUUGGACAGACUGGAAACUUCGCCUUAUAGAAGGAACAGCAAAGAGAGACAAAUACCAAACAUCAAGCAUAAAAAUUCAUCAUAUGAAAAACUAAAUUUUAGUUCCAAAGAACAUAGAAAUUCUCUUGGCACCGUGUUUGGCAAUUACUUAACUAUUGUCAAUAAAACACUGACUAGAUCGUGUGACGUCCUCACGGCUAUCGUCACGCCCACUGAAUAUGAAAACGAUGUUUUUACAGCGGUAUCAAACCAAGGUUUUGUAAAUGAAAGCGAGAAUAAUUCCAUGACAACAUCUAAUAAAACUGCACAUUUUUACAUCAAUAGUGCAGAUUUAGCAGACGAUAUCACACAAACUGAUUAUGUUACUUCUGAUAGUAUUGAAAAGGAAGAGGAGGCGAAAACUCAUCCAACAUCAAGAAAGUCACGCCCACCCCCCCUACUUAUCCCCCUCCCCCUUUGCCUACUUCUGUUGUUAUCAAUGGUUAAUACAAGAUACUGUCAUAUUUGA